UGAAUAUUUGUUCACCUAAAUGUAUGUCAUACGUUUACACGGUGUGUGUAAAGUCGCCACAGUUUUCUCAGAAUGUACAGUUUCAUGGGAGGGGGUUUGUUCUGUGCCAUCGUGGGCAACAUCCUGUUGGUGGUCUCCACGGCGACGGACUACUGGAUGCAGUACAGACUGUCGGGCAGCUUCGCUCAUCAGGGCCUGUGGAGAUACUGCAUGUCCGGCAAAUGCUACAUGCAGACCGACAGUAUCGCUUACUGGAAUGCCACCCGGGCCUUCAUGAUCCUGUCUGCCAUGUCGUGCUUUGCUGGAAUCAUUGCAGGAAUUCUCUCCUUCGCUCACUUUUCUGCCUUUGAGAGAUUCAACCGUUCCUUUGCUGCAGGAAUCAUGUUUUUUGUUUCCACGCUCUUUGUUCUUCUCGCUAUGGCAAUCUACACGGGGGUGACCGUCAACUUCCUAGGAAAGCGCUUCGGCGAUUGGCGUUUCUCCUGGUCUUACAUUCUGGGCUGGGUGUCUUUGCUCAUGACAUUUUUCGCAGGUAUAUUCUACAUGUGUGCCUACAGGAUGCAUGAAUGUAGAAGAGUGGCCGCUCCUCGCUAGAGCCAAUCGAAGCAUAUAAAGAUUGUGUAUUAAGGUGUGCAUGGCUUGGUUUCAC